UCAGUAAGGUUCUAACCAGGGGUGGACUGACCAUUUGGAAACUCGGGCACUGCCCGAGGGCCCGGGGUCAGUAGUGGGCCCCAUGAGAUGCCCUGGUACCUUUUUCAUAAGCUUUUUUGAGUUUGGGCAAGGACACAGGCCCCAUGAUCCCCUAUUACCCGGGGGCCCCAUGAGUUGUCAGUCCACCCCUGGUUCUAACACAGGGGUAAGCAAUGUCAGCAAGGUUCUAACCCAAGGAUAUGUCCAAAGCUGUAUUCAGUAAUCACACUGUUACAGCAGAAGCAA